GGGCGUCCUUUCAGGAUGGCAGCUGCAGCCGCGGAAUCGCCAGGAGGAGGAGGCGUGGGGAUGGAGGGCGACCGGCAGGAAAGCGCGGUGAGAGCUGACAGUGGGGUUGCCAUUAAGGGAUUUGAAAGAGAGCUCAUCUGCCCAGCAUGCAAGGAAUUAUUCACCCAUCCGCUGAUCCUUCCUUGCCAGCACAGUAUCUGUCACAAGUGUGUAAAAGAAAUACUAUUUGCAUUUGAAGACUCUUUUGCUGAUGGAGGUUCCGAAUCCUCUAAUCAGAGUAGCCCUCGAAUUAAAAUCUGUUCUAGCAUGGACCGAGUUGACAGGAUUAGUAGAUCAGGUGUCUACCCAGGCAGAAAGCGCAAUUCACUGACACCUAGAUCUAGCCUGUUUCCUUGUCCGGGAUGCCAGCAGGAUAUUGAUCUCGGAGAACGUGGCAUCAAUGGCUUAUUUCGUAACUUUACUUUGGAAACCAUUGUGGAAAGAUACAGACAGGCAGCCAGGGCAGCCAUUGCUAUUAUGUGUGAUUUCUGCAAACCUCCACCUCAAGAGUCUACAAAGAGCUGCAUGGACUGCAGUGCAAGCUAUUGUAAUGAAUGCUUCAAAAUACACCAUCCUUGGGGAACUGUGAAAGCCCAGCAUGAAUAUGUUGGACCAACUACCAACUUCAGACCCAAGAUUUUGAUGUGUCCAGAACAUGAAAUGGAGAGGGUAAACAUGUACUGUGAAAUCUGCAGAAGGCCAGUUUGUCAUCUUUGUAAACUGGGUGGAUGUCAUGCAAACCACAGAGUAACAGCCAUGAGCACUGCCUACAAAACCCUAAAGGAGAAGCUUUCAAAAGGUAUUGAGUACCUCAUCGGUAAGGAGAGCCAGGUGAAAGCUCACAUCACACAGCUGAAUCUGCUGCUGAAAGAAACAGAAUUUAACAGUGAAAGAGCUAAACAAGAAGCAUUUCAAAGUUUUGAGAAAUUAUCUCAUAUCCUGGAAGAGAAGAAAUAUGCAGCUCUUAGGGCAAUUGAUGCUUCUAAGAGUUUAAGGCUGGAAAAAUUGCAAGCACAAGCAGAAGAAUAUCAAGGGCUUCUGGAAAAUAAUGGCCUUGUAGGAUAUGCUCAAGAGGUGCUUAAAGAAACUGAUCCAUCUUGUUUUGUUCAAACAGCAAAACAACUUCAUGCCAGAAUCCAGAAAGCUACUGAAUCUCUGAAGAGUUUCAGGCCCACAGCUGAAAGUACUUUUGAAGACUUUGUGGUGGACAUAGCCAAGCAAGAAUUGAUCCUUGGUGACUUGACAUUCCAUUCCAAUGGUCUGGAAAUACCAGAAAUAAAUGAAUUGCAGAGCAGAAUGUACAACAAAGCUCUGAUCAGUUGGGAAUGGCCUGGGAAGAGAGAUGGAGCUGAUACGUAUGUUCUUGAAUAUCAUAAGCUUAAUAGAGAAGAGGAGAGUGCAGUGUGGCAGGAGAUUGAAGUUUGCAGCAAGAGCAAAGUUAUAUCUGAUCUUGAUAACGACAGCAGCUAUGCCUUCAGAGUACGAGGAUAUAAAGGGUCCAUCUGUAGUGCUUGGAGCCGAGAAGUUAUUUUACAUACACCUCCAGCUCCAGUUUUCAGUUUUCUUUUUGAUGACAAAUGUGGGUACAACAAUGAACAUCUCCUGCUGAACCCAAGGAGAACCUCUGUGAAAAGUAGAGCUGGAUUUUCUCUGCUGUUGGGAUCUGAGCGUGUGCAGACUGGAUGCUAUACGACCCUGGAUUACAUCAUUGGUGACACUGGAGUUACCAAAGGGAAGCACUUCUGGGCUUUUCAUGUGGAACCCUAUUCAUACUUGGUGAAAGUGGGAGUUGUCUCUAGCAACAAGAUGCAAAAAAUGUUCCAUAACACCCAUGAUGUGAUCAGCCCAAGCUUGUGUCACGGUGGAUUCCAAGUCACUGGCUUGUCCCAGGCUAUGUCUUCUACUUACGUUAAUGGAGUGAUACUGAGCACAAGCCAAAGAACAGUGGACAAACCUGGAAGAAACUGUCCAGUUUUCAGUUACAGUAAGCCUGGAUGUGUCUAGGAACUGCAGGCUGGGACACUGGCUCCUGGGGGAUUCUUCAGUUUUUCAGGAAUCUAAAAUAUAAACUGGCUUCCUCCUGUGUAGCAUCUCAAAAGCAUAAAAAUGCCAGUGUCUUGAGCUGCUUAAAGUCGGGUGGAGACUUUUUGCCAAGUGACAGAGUAGAAGCUGAUUUCCAGACUUCUUUCUUCUUUUUCCACACAAAUAUCUGGAAAAAUUUAGCUGACCCCCAUCCAGCUUCCUCCCAGACAGGCCAAAAAAACCAAAUCUAGCUAGGGAUUGUCUGCAUAGAAUAACGUGUGCUUCUCUGGUCUGUCUUCGUCUGGGUACAAAAGUAGGGGGAAAAGCAUGUAGACUGAACAAAUCUGGCCACAAGCUAUCCAGUAAACAGCUGGGAAACGGAUUCAGGGAAGUCUCCAUGAAGACCACUUGAAGCAAUCCAACAGAAAAUAAAAUCCCCUUAAACCACUGGUUUGUGUUUUGAAUUUUAAAGACAAUGUAGCAAGCAGCAGCAUGG